GCUGUGUGGAGAUGAACUGAGCUCAUGUCGGUGCACCAGCUGCCAGCUGUGUGUGUGUGUGUGUGUGUGUUUGUUUGCACGGUGCAGCACCUUCAUAUCUCACUGCAGAGGCCAAAUGAUGCAGCAGAGUCGAAGACAGAUGCUCAGAAAUGAGCUGAGAGGACAUGAAUGGACAGCUAGUAGUAUGAAAAGGCUGGUGAUGAUGAAAGCCGGUGUUAAAGUUCCUCGCAAUUUCCGGCUCCUGGAGGAGCUGGAAGAAGGCCAGAAAGGUGUGGGAGACGGGACGGUGAGCUGGGGUCUGGAGGAUGACGAAGACAUGACCUUAACGCGAUGGAGAGGGGUGAUCCUCGGCCCUCCGAGGACAAGCUAUGAAAACAGGAUGUACAAUCUGAAGGUUGAAUGUGGGCCAGAGUACCCAGAGUUACCGCCGUACGUCAGAUUUGUGACAAAGAUAAACUUGAACGGCGUGCACACCUCCAACGGUGUGGUUGACAUGCAUGCGGUGACUGCACUGGCCAAGUGGCAGAACUCCUACAGUAUCCAGAUGGUGCUGCUGGAGCUGCGACGGCUCAUGACGUGCAAGGAGAACAUGAAGCUUCCUCAGCCACCCGAGGGCCAGAUGUACACCAACUGAGCUCUCCCCAUGCUACUUUUCCUCCAUCUUCUUCUUCUCCUCCUCCCAAACUCUUCUGUUAAGCUUUUAUCCCCAUUCUGCCAUGUGACAUUCCACCUCCUGCCGACAUCUGGGCUGAACACACACACACACACAGCAGAAGACUUAGUAUACAAACAUAUACAUGAAAACACACACACAUAAACACACACAUAUAUCUGUAUACACACUUAUAGAGCGUUCAUGAAAGUCAUUCCAGGCACUGGCCCCCCCUCCCUCUCUCCCAUCACUGGAGCUCUGUGUUGGACUCGUCCUCAGUCCACAUCAGAUCUGAUCAUUCGAAUACUGUACAUGUUACUAAUCUUUUUUUAUUAUUAUUUGUUAAAAAUGCAGAUUGUACAAUAACAUAAAUAAUCUUAUUGAGUGUA